AGUGAGAGAGAGGAGGGACGCCGGGCCAGUGUGCAGGAUAAAUACCGCUGACACGGGGCGAAAACCUUGAGUUUAUUGCUUCUCAAACAGCGUUUUCUGUGUGGAGAUGGCCAACGCGGGAGGUCGGAGGCUGAAGCAGUGGCUGGUGGAGCAGAUCCAGAGUGCACAGUACUCUGGACUUCAGUGGGAGGAUGAGAGCCACACCAUGUUUCGCAUCCCGUGGAAACACGCAGGCAAGCAGGAUUAUAACCAAGAAGUGGACGCAUCCAUAUUCAAGGCGUGGGCAGUGUUUAAAGGCAAGUUCAAGGAGGGGGACAAGGCUGAGCCGGCAACAUGGAAGACCAGGCUGCGCUGUGCCCUGAACAAAAGCCCAGACUUUGAGGAGGUGACGGAGAGGUCUCAGCUGGACAUCUCGGAUCCCUACAAGGUCUACCGCAUUGUGCCUGAGGAGGAGCAGAAGAUUGGUAAAUGUUCAUCAAUGGCCAUGGCAGUUACUUCAGUUGACAUCACGGACUGCAGCUCUGCAGACAUCGAUGAGCUUAUUAAAGAGACAUCAAGUGAUGACUGGAGCCACUCUCCUCAAGAGGAAGGCUGUAGCAUCCAGGCCAGUCCAGAGUACUGGUCCCAGGGCAACAUUAAUGGCUUCCCGUUGCAUCAAGACCCUUUGCCAGUGGGCUCUUUCAGUUCAGCUUUUUCCCAGAUGAUGAUCAGUUUCUACUAUGGCGGGAAGCUUAUGCACAGCACGCUGGUUUCUCAUCCUGGCGGCUGCCGGAUCUCCCCUGGUCACCAGCACCCGCUGCGCGGCACCCUUUACAGUUCAGAGACCAUGCAGAGCGUCCACUUCCCCCCUGCUGAGCUUAUCGAGUUUGAGCGCCAGAGACACGUCACGCGCAAGCUCCUGGGCCACCUGGAGAGGGGCGUGCUAGUCCACGCCAACCGGGAGGGCGUCUUCAUCAAGAGGCUUUGCCAGAGCCGAGUGUUCUGGAGCGGACUAGGGGAAAUGGGUCCCCAGUGCAGCCCCAUGCCUUGCAAACUCGAGCGGGAUGCCGUGAUCAAGAUUUUCGACAGCGCGAGGUUCCUUCAAGCCCUGAAUCUGUAUCAGGAGGGUCAGUUCCCUGCCCCCGACCCCACUGUGACUCUGUGUUUUGGAGAGGAGUUCAGCGACCUCAACACAGCCAAGAACAAACUAAUCAUUGUCCAGAUCACAGCUAUGAACUGUCAGCAGCUGCUGGACAGAGUGAAUAUACGGCGCCCCCAGCCCUACAGUACCAGCCCCAACCUGGACAUGUCUGAUGAGAUGGCCAGUAACCAGUUGGCCCGCAUCUACCAAGACCUGUGUAGCUACAGUGGCUCCCAGAGGAUGCCCAUUACUGCCUAGGGGCUCUCAGCAAGUUUAACAGAACCGACAGGCGCUCAUUAGCAUAGGCAGCAUGGACACAGCUCUAACACGGGCUCUGCGGCGUAACAUCUGUUUCGCUAUUGUUAAAGAUACAAGCCGCAAUUGAUGUGUGGCGCAGGCUGUACGCUCCAUUUCUGCCAUUGUUUUGGUCAGAUUUUGUAAAAAAAAAAAAAAUGUCCGCUUUAUUACUCACAAAUGAGAAAACCAGCUGAUGCCACGUCACUCUCAGUUCCCUUUGACACCUUCAGUUGUCUCCAUUUCUCAAACAAGUUCACAAUAACCUUAUCCCACUUUUGACCCAGUGGGGAGAUACGUUGCGUUUCCUGUCAGUGGAGCGCCUAUGUUGUCGCAGUACUCCACAUAGCCAUGGCGGUGCAUGCCAUUACAGAUUGUACCUUUUUUAAGAGAGCUGCCUGCAAGCUGAAGAGGAGAAUGUAGCAUAGAGAACUAGACCAUUGCAGUUCAGCACACAGAUCUCUCAGGGGUUUUUUUUAAAGAUUUUUCAUAGAUCCAGUUUUCAUCACUGUCAGCUAGCUAGCUAGCUACCUUCAAAUUCAGUUAAAAUAAAUAUGGAGUUACUGGUGAACUUUGGACAGAUGGAUGUUUUUUUUUCCCCCCCUGACUUGGUGUGUUAGUCUCAAGCACAUUGUAAAAGUGCAUUGCAUACACAUUGUAAGACCCAAGGUUUACUACUGCAUAAGUUCUCAAGAUUUAGUCUUCUGGUUGACAUAUAUCAUCAUAUCAGUGUUUUUUGCAUCGUUGGAUAAAAUGACUAAAUGAAAAUAUAAUUGCUAACAUUUCACUUUAUAUUUUACUGUUUUGUAUUGUAGAUAAAUGUUUAUGAGGUGAUGAAAGUCGCAUAGGAUUUCAAACGUGAGGCUGUAAACAUUCCAGGAUAGGUUUUACUAUCUGGUAUUACCUCACACCGUUUUCAUGGAUCCUAAAUCUCGUCAUUUUCACAUCUUUUGAAUAAACAAAUU